AUGGCAGCGGACUUGCCCACAUGUGAAGGAGGCGUCGAUGGCAGUGAUGGGGCUCCCAACCGAGAGGAGCCCCGAGAGCGACGGAUGCACUCCAUGCCGUCGCUGAGGCUCACGCGCAGCGAGGCGGUGCUGCCUCGCCGCGCUGCUUCGAAGCCACCUCAUGGCAAAGAGCAGGGGCUGCGGGGGCGCUGGGGCACGGCAGUCGCCCCAACACUCACGUGGCCCCGUUCCGAGAAGGUGGAUCCGUCGAAGCGCAGCCCAUCUCCCUUCGCCGCGCCAAGGCCCCGGCGAAGACGAAGCAGUGGGCGCAGCGGCUCCGAGGCCUCCUUGACGCCCAGCGAGGAAGUCCCUGGUCUCCAGGAUGCCUUCUUGAGGAUUUGCUCCUCGAGUCGCAUGGACAGCCGCCAGUUCGACAAGUUUUGCCGCGAGGCAGGUUACAUCGAUGCCAAGUUCACCACAGCGGAUGCGGAUCUGCUGUUUACAACCAUUACGGCUCGGGGCCCACGGCGACUGAGCUCCGGACAGUUCGAGGCGGCCUUGAGGCUCCUCGCAGAUCGAAAGCGCUUGUCCUUGGACUCUGUGUUCUCCAAGGUCAAGAAGAUGGCUGCACAGACCAGCGAGGGCUCUGUGGAGCGACGACAGGAGCUUGCAGGCGUCACUACUCUGCCAGAAGCUGUGCCACGCAGCCGUGCGCAAAGUUCGCCUCCCGGCGAUUCUCGGGGACCUGCUUCCCGCGAGGGCUGGUUCUACCCGCUGGACAACGGAUACCUCCCUGGUGUCAAACGACACAGCCUUGGAGUUGAUAAGGCGGAGCGAGAGCUGCUGCUCGACAGCUUCGUCAACUUCUGCUGGGGGAAGCCGGACAUGAGCAAUCGGGACUUCUUGCGCUUGUGCCGCGACUGCCGGCUUCUGAGCAGCAGGCGACAUGCCAAGUUCGGCUGGGCCUGGACAGUUUUCUGCACACAGACAGAGUGGGGCUCAGACAUCGACCUCACGCUUGACGUUUUGCGAUUAUGGAAGCCUCAGAUGACCUCAGAUGUACUCGCUGGUGGUGCGCAAGUGUUUGCCAGGUUUACAGCGUUGGACGCCGAUCUCCUUUUUGUGAAGGCCGGGUUGAGCUUAUAG